CACUGGAUCAAACCAUGUUUUGCCGUAUUUAAAAGUUGAAGUCAAUUUCCACUACAGCUACACGCGCUCUUCCAAAUUCAGUUGACUAAAAAGGUGAAUAUUUGCUAAAUCUGGUUAUUUUUUAAAGACGUUGCUUGGUUUACUUUAAAAAAAUAUGUUUAUUGCCAAGAGAAAGGCAAAGUUUGAGAGCUAUCAUUAUUAUGCAGAAUCAUUAUUUAAACGUUCCUAGCUAGGGGGCUGGCCAUGCCACAUGUUAUUAGCUAGUAUCAGGAAAAAAAACGUGCAAAUUAGAAACUCAAACUGUAGCCAGCGGUUGAAUGCACUAUCAUGGUGUAACAUUGUAAGCUACCUAACGUUACCUGAAAGAUAAUUUAAGUAUUCACGUGCUACGAACUUGUUGAGUAAAUUAGCUCGGUAACCAGGCUUCAGCGACCACCAGGCCACACUUCGAGGAAAGAUGUCUACCAUCAGAUUUGGAUCAACUUGUAGUCCUUCGAAGACUACUCUACCUGAGCCAUUGCCACGCUGGAACGAUGAGGAAGGGGAAAAGGCUGAUCCAGAAGAUGCCUGUGAUCCAAAUAAACUCCUUCAGUGUCCAUACGACAAGAACCAUCAGAUCCGUGCCUGCCGCUUUCCAUACCAUCUGAUCAAAUGCAGCAAAAACCACCCUAAACUGGCCAGUGAAUUAAAAACGUGCCCUUUCAACGCCCGCCACCUGAUGCCCAAGCAUGAGCUUUCACACCACAUUGCUAACUGUGUUGACAGAAUAUCUGUGAAUGCAGAAGACUGCAGUGCUGAGGUGCAGAGCAAAUGGCAGGUACCUGUUAGCACCUGGACCAACACCAACUGUGAUGAGGACUGGGAUAAAGAAGCUGAUAUUUCUUCGGUGCCUUUCGUAUGGGGAGUGUCCACAAACCUGAUCAGUCAGAACAGGACUGAGCCAUGCACUACAAACAAUCUUACUCCUGGACUCCGAGCUCCAAGAACUCUGCCCUGGAAAAUGUGACUGACUAAGGGCAGAAUGAGUGACAAAAGUUGGAAGUCAAGAGGCUAUCUUGCAGUUAAGUUUUAUAUCAUAGAUGCAUGUUUAUUAGCUCACUUUGACUUGAUUAUGGACACGUUUGAGAAAAAUCCCAUUGACUAUUUUGUUUGACUAUAAAUGCAUGCUUUGUAACCUAACCUUAGACAUGGUGAUUGGGGUUUGUGUCCCCUUUUUUGUUAUUAAAAGGCUUUUUUGCAGAAGUGUUUCCCUAUAACAUUCCCUGUUAAUGUACUGUAUGUUUCUGAUGCCCUACUGCAGAUAUGAAUAUAUUCUCACUGUAUUGCACAUAUCAGAUAUCUUCAAGAUGCUCAUUAUGUUGACUGUGAAGUUGAUUUAGCCUCUUAAUGGAUCUUGCUUUGAUAUUUUGCCAGUUUGUUGUAUAUUAUUGGAUUUUGGGCUGUAAUUACAACUUUUUUUUAAGUGAGGUAAUGUUCUGUCCUCAUGGCGGUUUAAAUGUCUACAAUUUGCAUGUUGGGCUCAAGAGAACUGACAGGUUGAAAAUGGAUAGGGCAUUUAAGCAGAUUGGACUAGAGUUGGACAUUUAAUCCUAUCCGAUAGGCAAAAUCCAGAUAAUUUUUGAUAAACUGGGCCCAACUGAUCUCUUGUUAAACCGUCAAUACACAAUACAUUCAUCCACGCAGCUGUUCUUAAUUGCAACUGUUAAGGUCAUCUCCAUAGAUGGAUUAGCUGACAAUGUCACAAACUAUGCACGUUCAUCAAAUGGGGCAGAAGUCUGUUUUGUGAUUCUGGAUGGCAACAAUGACAAGAAGCUACCAUUUGGGGAAUCGUAUUGUAGGUGGUUCGUUUCAGCUUGUAUCUUGUUACAAUGUCUUGUUUUGACUGAUGCCACCUAUAUGCAAACUUUUUAAUUCACAUUAGUAACGGGAAUGUCACGAGCCGGAGGGGGUUUGGCUCAAAUGUACCAUACAUGGUGUGUUCGUAAAUUCACUGGAGUGCCAGAGUGCGCUCUGGGCGUUUGUAAAUUCAGAGCGUUCAAUUCACACUGGACGAACUGGCCGAGGAGUAGGAUUGAUCCGAGCGUUCUGACAUUACAACCACAGUCGAUUACCAAGCUAACUGGCUAAAGUUGGCUAGCUAAAUUACUUCCAGACACAAAUGACAGAACCUCAGUCUGACAAUUUUACUAACGCAGCUGGUUAUGCUGUUUUCAUGUUAUCUAGUGUUGGUAAAUACAUCUUUGCUGCUGGCAACAAAUUGAAUUGAUUUAAUGCCGACGUUUACUAACACAGUCAUAAUCAACAGGUGUUGAGCGUUUGUAAAUUCAUCAGUUAUUCUGCGCUCAAGCACGCUCAGACGAAUUCUCUGAAAUCGGAGUAGAUAGCCAUAGUCCAGUACGCUAAGCAGGGAAACUAUUCAGCUAGCUAUGCAAGCAACUUUUCAUGCAGCUAUCAUACUAGACUCUUGAAUAAUGCAACAUUUCAAAACCAUGUGAAAACAUUUUAAAUUGUUUAUUUUCUAAGCCAUAAACAUUAAUUUAGCAAAGUGUAAAUCAUAGUCCACAUGCUAGGAUGCGAUAGUCAGGCAUCCCAUUGUGACAGCUGUGCGGCUCCUUCAACUGUUUACCAUUGGGGGAGAAAAAUAAAUAAAAAAUGGGCCAAUGCAUUAGCAGCAGGGUCUGGUUUGCUUAGUUCAUUGACUAUAUAUGAACCAGAAAAAACAGUGUGUGUGACAUCUCGCUUCCUAUUCCAUCUUGGUUACUGCCACCUGCAGAUAUGGAAUGUUUGCUCACACAUAAUUCAUUGGCUUAUCCCUCUUGAUGACCUGGAUGGAAUUGUGUGGUCCUUCCUAAACCCAUAGGAAGUCCCACCCAGUUGACUAUGUUAAAAUGGUGGAAGUCCUCAAUGCAAUGUCCAAGCCAAAACGGGUUAUUUCCAAGUAGUGAUCUCUAUGGUGUCACCUUAGUCCUGCUUGCUGCCAUAGUCUUUGAAKAUAUGUUUGCCCUCUGGUGGGUAUUAUCAUCGGAACAACUUAGUCCUACUUUGAGCAGACCAUGGGCGAUUUGUUCUAUUUGACAAUCAUUCCAUACACCUGAAAUAAAAUAUUUCCUUGUUUACCAAGACAAAUCUACUGUGGCAAUUUAACCAUGGAAAUUGAAUGUUGGUGUAGCCUACUGUUAUUUGUUUUCUAUUUUAUGUAAUCCAUUAAAUACAACUGUCUUU